CUAUGGUAGCGCUACAUAUCUACUUGGUCCUGCGCGUUGUGUCAGCUUACGGUACUGAAUGCUCUACCUCUCAUUGGCCUGUCCGGAUAUUCUCUCUCUAACACUCUAAGACUCAAGAGAGCGCAUCAAAAGCAUCAACUUCUCAUCCUAUAUUAAAUUCCAUCUCAAUCCCCUUGGAUCCAUCCGCUAAAACCCCUUUUUUGACCCCGUUCCGCGUCAAAGAUGCCGUCGCCUGGCGAUCUCACAACCGGAUACGGGCAACAAUCACCAACUCCACUCGCUCCCGACCAGAUCAUGCAACGGGAGAAGAAACAGAAUGCCCUCAGGGCUUCCAUCGCAGACCUUCAAUCUCAGGUAGAGCAGAUCGAGACUCAAAUUGCAGAGACCAAGACUAGGCUACAGAAUGAUCCUUCUACGACCGUGAAGCGGCAUAUUCGUCUUCUUCAUGAAUACAAUGAGAUUAAAGAUGUCGGGCAGGGAUUGAUGGGUCUUAUUGCUGAUGCGCGCGGCGUGCGACAGAUUGAUGUACAGAGGGAGUAUGGGAUAGGUGAUAAAGAUUGAAUGGAGGAUUUAACUCAGGUGAUGUAUUUUUAUGAUGUAUGAUAUAUGAUCAAUGCUCGAACAAGACACAAUCGAAUUUAAUGUUAACUGAAUGGAC